AUGCCAAGUGAUUUAGACAAACAAAUCGAGCAGCUCCUCCGCUGCGAGCCCAUCUCCGAAGAACAAGUCAAACGGCUCUGUCUCAAGGCGCGCGAAAUUCUCAUUGAGGAGGCAAAUGUGCAGGUGGUCGACUCCCCAGUCACAAUAUGCGGGGACAUACACGGGCAGUUCUGGGAUAUGAUGGAGCUCUUCAAAGUCGGCGGACCGUGCCCGGAGACAAAUUAUCUCUUCAUGGGCGACUUCGUCGACCGCGGCUUCUACAGCGUCGAGACUUUCCUCCUUCUUCUCGCCCUAAAAGUCCGCUAUCCUGAACGCAUGACCCUAAUACGUGGUAACCAUGAAUCGCGACAAAUCACGCAAGUGUACGGCUUCUACGACGAGUGCCAGAGGAAAUACGGGAGCAGCAAUGUAUGGAGGUGGUGCUGUGAGAUAUUCGACUACCUCGCGCUAGGAGCUAUCGUGGAUGGGAGGGUUUUCUGUGUACAUGGAGGGCUCAGUCCAAGCCUGCAAAGCAUCGACCAGAUACGCACGAUCGACCGGAAGCAGGAGGUGCCACAUGAUGGUGCAAUGUGCGACCUAUUAUGGUCAGACCCUGACGAUAUCAUCGGGUGGGGACUCUCCCCUCGUGGGGCCGGGUUCCUGUUCGGUGCCGACAUUACCAAAAUGUUCGCACAUCGCAACGGCAUCGACCUCAUUGCGCGAGCGCACCAGCUUGCGAUGGAGGGAUACAAGCUCAUGUUUGACAAGACGAUCGUCACCGUCUGGAGUGCGCCAAAUUACUGCUAUCGGUGCGGCAAUGUCGCCUCUAUACUCGAGCUCGACGAGUAUCUCGGGCAAGAGUACAAGGUCUUUUCACACGCGCCCUCGGAUGUUCGAUCGAUACCUGCGAAACGUCCUCCGGCUGACUACUUCCUAUGACCUAUGACAUACGACCACGCGGUCUGCUCUCCAGAAUCUCCAGAGGAUCGAUAGAGGAAGCCCGACGUUGUUUGUGCCUGUUAUAGUUGCUGUUCUUCCUUGUUCGCUGGUGCUGUUGUACUUUGUUGUAGCCCUAUCCGAUCGCGCGACUCUCACGUCCUGUUGUGGAGUUCUUUCAC